CCGCUGUUUUCUGUGUUGUCGUCAGCAAUCAUGGCAUCAGAUUUUGCGAUGGAGCUGGAGCAUAUGAGCCGGUAUGUUAGUCCUGUUAAUCCAGCAGUUUAUCCUCAUCUCACCUUAGUUCUUUUAGGAUUUGGACUUUUCUUCAUGGCGUGGUUUUUUGUUUAUGAAGUAACUUCAACAAAAUUCACACGUGAUGUUUUUAAGGAGCUACUUAUAUCAUUUGUUGCUGCUGUGUUCCUUGGUUUUGGUGUGCUGUUUCUACUUCUCUGGGUUGGCAUAUAUGUUUAAAAAGUAUUUUCUUUUCACUUUUAGCUGUUUUGUCAUCAUAUUUGAAAAUUCCAGAAACCGCAGAAAUGCCUGCAGCACAUUAUUCUGAAGUUCCAGAACUCCAGCAUCAAUCUACUCAGUGAACAGUUUUCUAUUUCAUAAUAUGUAAUAUUCUUUUUAUACUGAAAUAAACUUUUGUACAGAGCAUAUCAGUUUAUGUAUGUAAAUAAACAUACUUAAGUAUGUGAAAUAAAUUAAUAAAUAAAUCAUAUCUUUGUUUAUUUUA